CUUGUUUGACACAAAAUCAUGUGGUUAUUCCUCUGCUAUGGGUUUUUACAAUUUUUUACACUGUCACUGAAUAAAAAUGAGAUGAGUCAAGGAUUGAAGAUCCGAGGUAAAACGAAAUCUACAAUGAUAAUCACAAUCAAUAGUAAAAUUUGAUAAUAAAGAUUUCUCCUUAGACGAUAAACUCUCAUCUAAGGAUGUCUUUCAAUAGAUAUUUGGUCUCAUCUUUAAUACAUAUUGGUUGAUAACAAUAUAUUUUCAUAAGAUGUUAAAUGUAUUUUCUGUAAAAUCAUAUCUGGAGAUGCACCUGCAGAAGUAUUAUUUCAAAACGAAGAGUUAAUCGUAUUUCUUGACAUCAAACCUGCAUCCAGCAUUCACUUUAUGGUUGUACCUAAAAAACACAUUCCUAAUAUAAACAGUUUAAAAACAAAUGAAGAUAAACUUCUAGUGGAAAGAAUGCUGGAAGUUGGUAAAAGAGUCCUAGAACUAAAAAAUGGCAAUAGUAAAGACUCCAGAAUAGGAUUCCAUUGUCCACCAUAUACUACUGUAGAUCACCUACAUCUACAUUUUAUAUAUCCAGAAGCGGAUAUGAGUCCGUAUCAUCAAAUGUUGUUUCAAGUGCAUCAUUUGUUCUUUGAGUUGCCGAAAAAACGAGCGUUUUUUCACCUCCGAGAAGGGGUGAAAGUAAAAGCAACCAACGGCACAAGUUCAACUUUGAAGUGGACGGCAGAUGAUGUUAUACUUCGACUUAGUACAUAAUUACCGACAGAAAUUAUUAAGACUAUUGAUAGAUAAUAACUACAUAUAAGUUAAUGACACGUUUUCUGUCAUUAAGCUGUAAUAGGAUAAUGAUCCAAGUCCAUGAACUGAAGAACGCUGAUUCAGACAUCAUACGUUUCCUACUGUUAUCAAAACAUAUUUCUUUCUUAGUUAAAAUUAUAAUUCUAUUCAGUAUUCACUAUUCAGUCUAGAUUCUACCAUUUUAUUGCAAAGACAUAUUUGUAACUACUUGUGUGUUAAAUAAAUCUUUUUUAAAAACGGAACUUCGGAAAGAUGUUAUAUUCUUUAUAUAAUAUAAAUAUAAUUAUUUUUAUACCUAAAUAUAUAAAUAUAUUUAGAACAUUAUACUGUAUUAUAUAGUGUUUUAUUGUAAUAAUAAGAAUAAAACAAUUUAGUUGAAACAAA